UAUUACUGAUGUCAACGUUCUGAUGCAACGUUGAUGUUGCGUUUCUUUCUUGAAUGAAUAUGGCCAUGGCUAGUUCACGUGUUGUUUUGUCUCGUCCUAGAGAUCACAAGCUUUCAGUCAUUAAUGGUACUCUGAACAAGAUGAGUAAAGAGCAGUUGAAGAGACAAGCAGGAGAAUUGGGAUUACAUGACAAAGGCACAAAGAACGUUCUACUGCCAAGACUAAAAAAUUAUUACAAGAGGGUGAAGGACUGCUUGCCUACACAAGCAGAUGCUGGUGCAGCUGCUGUCGUCACAAGCCUUAACGAGCAACCUGUUGACUACUUCUGUGUGGUGGAUUUUGAGGCGACAUGCUGGAGUGACGUACCGUUUAUGACGGCUGAGAGUGAGAUCAUUGAGUUUCCUGUUGUCUUGUUGAAUGCUCGUACGCUGAAGAAAGAGGCAGAGUUUCAUAGUUACUGUCGACCAACUAGGAAUCCGAUUUUGUCAGAGUAUUGUCGAUCGCUCACUGGAAUAACUCAGGCUCAAGUUGAUGCGGCUGACACGUUUCCCUUCAUUCUGAAGAGAUUUGAAUCGUGGCUUGCAGUACAUGUGAGACGCGACCAGACAAUCAGCAUCGCCACUCAUGGUCCUUGGGACUUACAAAAAUUUCUGUUCGACCAAUGCAAGUUCUGUGAGCAACCAUUUCCUCCUUAUGCUCAACACUAUGUCAACAUGAAGAGACACUUCAGCAAUCUCUAUUCAGUCAACAUUCAUGAUGGCGACCUUUCCAUUGCUGGCAUGCUCAGCAUGCUUGAACUCGAAUUUGAAGGUCAAGAACACAGCGGCAUCGACGACGCUCGAAACAUUGCCACAAUCAUGCAGCAAAUGAUGCGUGAUGGCUACGUAUUGAGGAACAAUCGUGAGGUGUUGCUGCAGUAAUCAAUAUAUUAAUUUUAAUUUGUUUUAUGAAAUGGAGUAGGGGCUAGCUUUUGCAUUGUUGGUGUAGUAGAAUUGACGGGAAGUAAAAUUGUGGCUUCAAGGGGCACUUUAGGGCUAAAAUUGUUGAUAUCAAUACUAUUUUUAAAUUGUUGAUAUUUUACAUGAUAAAUUUCUUUAAUGCCUACAUUCGUAUCUAGGAGUUGUAGAAUACAGCAUAGCCGUUGU